AUGCGUAUUAUGGUGUCCCUCAAGCAACAGGAUUACACGGACGUGAUCAAAAGCAUGAUCUUCAUUCAAUACUUCAUUGUACAAUCAUUUCUGUUCACACACGCCGGCGAUACCCUGCAGACUCAAAGCGAAUUGAUCGUUACGGCGAUAUACAGCACAGCGUGGCACGAAUUGCCGUCCGCAACGAUGAAGGACUUGAUACUCAUUGUGAUGAGAACGAAGAUCCCUCUCCGGCUCAGCGCUGGAAAAUUCUUUUACAUCACGAGAAGCACCAUCACGGAUAUAUUGACUACAGCCUUGACGUACAUAUCGUUUUUACAAGCGAUGGAAGAGUAA